AUGCGGAGACACCUUCUCCGAACCGUUCGACACUUCAGCACCACCUUGCAGAAACAGAACCAGCACUCGGAGCCCAAACUGUUCAGCCUCAACGCUAGCCCGCCCCGAACCUCCGAAGUAAUGGCGCCCCUAAAUCACGCCUCCCAGGAGGCAAUCACCAGACUCCGAAAUUACAUCCCCCCGCCAACAGCAUAUGACUCGGUUCCGCUCAGCAGGCGAGCGGCAGUGCUCAUACUUCUGUAUGCGGAUGCCAAGGGUGAUCUCAGGGUGGUUGUUACGAUACGGGCUAAGACACUAAGUUCGUACGCAGGAGAUGCUGCUUUGCCUGGAGGCCGAGCCGACACCGAAGAAGAAACCGCCUUCGAAACCGCCCGCCGUGAAGCAAGCGAGGAGAUCGGACUCCCCGAUACGGACACGAAUCUCCCACCCCCCUUCCGCGUGGAGCAUCUCUGCGAGCUCCCGGCCAAUCUUGCCAAAACGGAGCUGGUGGUGCGUCCCUGCGUCGCCCUCCUGCACGGUUAUGAUCCUCACUCCGGAGCUACUGCCGAUCCUGAGAAGCUCAUUCCAACCCUGGACGCUAGAGAGGUUGCGGCUGUUUUUACGGCGCCGUUAUCGGGGUUUUUGAAGAGUCGGUUGGGGUCGGAGGAAUGGUAUCGGGGAUCGUGGAGUUUGUGGCAUAAUGAGAAUUGGAAGAUGCACCAGUUCUUUGUUCGCACGAAUUCCCAGGUAUAUCGCAUCUUUGGAAUGACGGGACGAAUCAUUGUCGACGCGGCCCGGGUUGCCUAUGCGCAGGAACCAGAGUUCGAGCAUAAUAGCCACUUUGGAGACGAGGAGAUGAUCGCCAAGCUUCGUCGGGUAGGUCGAUUGAGUGCCGUUCGUAAAUCGUCGGAUCAAUUGACCCGACAAACGAUGGAGAAGGCAGCCAAACUUAGUUGA